GGGGAGGAUAUCCGGGCUGUCCUGUCCUUUCUCGUCCGGCGGUUUCCACGGUAACUGUCCCCCCCUUCCACGCGCCGCGGCCUGGAUCUGAGGUGCGACAUCAGAGCUUUCCCCGUCGCUCGUCUCCUUCCCCCGACAGGACCCGCGUGAUGUCCACUCCACCCCUGGCCGGGGCAGCGAUGCCCCCCGGCGCCUUCUCGGGCCCGCAGGCCCAGGCCGCACGGGAAGUGAACACCGCCUCUCUCUGCCGCAUUGGCCAGGAGACCGUGCAGGACAUUGUCUUCCGGACCAUGGAAAUCUUUCAGCUGCUGAGGAACAUGCAGUUGCCAAAUGGUGUCACCUAUCACACUGGAACAUACCAAGACAGAUUAGGAAAGCUGCAAGAACAUCUCCGUCAACUGUCAAUACUCUUCAGAAAAUUAAGAUUAGUCUAUGACAAAUGCAAUGAAAACUGUGCAGGGCUUGAUCCUGUCCCCAUAGAGCAACUUAUUCCAUAUAUUGAAGAGGAUGGAUCCAAGCAUGAUGAUCAUGGGGCUGCCAGCCAGCUUCGUUUUGCUAGUGAGGAGAGAAGGGAAAUCAUGGAAGUAAAUAAGAAACUGAAACAGAAGAAUCAGCAGCUGAAACAAAUUAUGGAUCAAUUACGGAAUCUCAUUUGGGAUAUAAAUGCCAUGUUGGCAAUGAGGAACUGAACUGUGAUGCACACUAAGUAUUUUUUUUCUAAUUAUGAAAAUUGCCUUUCUUUCUCUGUUUGAAAAUAUUUAAUUUCUUUUUUUCUAAGAAGUCAUUCAUUUUCCCCCUCUCCCCCUUUAUCCUAGUGUUGUUAGAAGAAAAUCUUUAAUGUUCAUGUGUGGCUUCUUCUGUGGUAUUUAUGUGGUAUAUGUAUUUGUUUAAAAGAAUCAUCUUAAAAUUUGUAUGCAGAAUAAAUAUCUUAAUAACAAGUUGUAAUAUU